CCGCACGAACACGUCGUCAGGCGAGGCUGGAGUUGCAGGGAACCAAAUCUGCCGAAUGUUCCAGGAGUGACCGUGGACGUAGGAGAACUGGCGAAAGGGCUGAAACUGCCGAACGUUUGGGAGACAAACGUGGAGGUAGGAGAACUGGCGAAUGGGCUGAAACUGCCGAACGUUCGGGAGACGAACGUGGAGGUACUGAUACUGCUGACCGUUCGUUUUCCCGAACGGGGAG